AUGAUGAUGAUGUCGCUUAACAGUAAGCAGGCAUUCAGCAUGCCGCACGGCGGCAGCCUGCACGUGGAGCCCAAGUACUCGGCACUUCACAGUGCCUCUCCCGGCUCCUCUGCGCCCGCGGCGCCCUCGGCCAGCUCCCCUAACAGCUCCAGCAAUGCUGGCGGCAGUGGCGGCGGCGGCGGCGGCCGGAGCAGCAGCGUCAGUAGCAGCGGGAGCAGCGGUGGCAGCGGGGGCUCCGAGGCGAUGCGGAGAGCGUGUCUUCCCACCCCACCGAGCAAUAUAUUCGGCGGGCUGGAUGAGAGUCUGCUGGCCCGCGCCGAGGCUCUGGCGGCCGUGGACAUCGUCUCCCAAAGCAAGAGCCAUCACCACCAUCCGCCUCACCACAGCCCCUUCAAGCCGGACGCCACCUACCACACGAUGAACACCAUCCCGUGCACAUCAGCAGCUUCCUCAUCUUCGGUGCCCAUCUCGCACCCGUCCGCGCUGGCGGGCACACACCACCACCAUCACCAUCACCACCAUCACCACCAGCAACCGCACCAGGCACUCGAGGGUGAGCUGUUGGAGCACCUGAGCCCCGGGCUGGCCCUGGGCGCCAUGGCGGGCCCCGACGGCGCCGUAGUGUCCACACCGGCCCACGCGCCGCACAUGGCCACCAUGAACCCCAUGCACCAAGCAGCCCUCAGCAUGGCCCACGCUCACGGGUUGCCCUCGCACAUGGGCUGCAUGAGCGACGUGGAUGCCGACCCGCGGGACCUGGAGGCGUUCGCAGAGCGGUUCAAGCAGCGACGCAUCAAGCUUGGGGUGACCCAGGCCGACGUGGGAUCUGCGCUGGCUAACCUCAAGAUCCCCGGCGUGGGCUCGCUUAGUCAGAGUACCAUCUGUAGGUUCGAGUCCCUUACACUGUCCCACAAUAACAUGAUCGCUCUCAAACCCAUCCUGCAGGCGUGGCUCGAGGAGGCCGAGAAGUCCCACCGCGAGAAGCUCACCAAACCGGAGCUCUUCAACGGCGCAGAGAAAAAGCGCAAGCGCACGUCCAUUGCUGCGCCAGAAAAACGUUCGCUUGAAGCCUACUUUGCCAUCCAGCCGCGGCCCUCCUCCGAGAAAAUCGCUGCGAUAGCAGAGAAACUGGACCUUAAGAAAAACGUGGUGCGCGUCUGGUUCUGCAACCAAAGGCAGAAACAAAAAAGGAUGAAAUAUUCUGCAGGCAUUUAG